AUGGGGUCGGGCAAACAUCUCGUUGUGUUUAUCCAUGGUUUGUGGGGCAACUAUAAGCAUAUGAACUCUCUGAACACGGUGUUCGAGAGAGUUCUUGAAGGUAAACAGGAGUUUGUCUUUCUGACUCCCAGACAGAAUGCUAUGUUCAAGACGUUCGAUGGGAUUGAAAUCGUGGGUUAUAGAACACUCUUGGAGAUCUGCCAAUUUAUUGGCACGUUCAAGGAUGAGCCUAUCACCAAGAUCAGCAUUGUAGGUUAUUCGAUGGGUGGACUUAUAGCUCGGUUUGUUAUCGGCAAGAUGUACGGUGAGUUUGGGAAGGUUUUCAGAGACAUCGAGCCGCAGAUCUUUCUCACCAUGGCUACGCCGCAUCUGGGAGUGGAAUUUUACAAUCUUCAAAAAUCGACUCUGAAAGGAAUUUUCCAGGCGGUGAUCAGAAGCCUGGGCUCCAGUAUCUUGGGAAAAACAGGUAGAGAGAUGUUCAUUACCAACUCAAGUAACGAUGUUUUGGUUAAAUUGACGCAAGGUGAGUUUUUGGACGGUCUGUCGAAGUUUAAGUGGAGGGCCGUGGUGGCUAAUGUGAAGAACGAUAGGACAGUUGCAUUCUACACUUCUUUUAUCACGGACUGCGAUCCCUUCCUUGCCACUAACAACGAUGUCAAGUAUAUCUUCGAAGACAAGGUGCCAGGGUCCCACUAUUCCAGGACCACUCCGCGGAUCAUUAGCAUGGAUCGGCUUGACCCGGAAUUGAAAAGACCGAAACCGAAAAGAGACUUUUCAAGGUGGUUCAAGGUCUUGCCACUCAUAGCCCUGUUCAUCACGCUCAUCCUUCCCGUAAUGUUUUGUUUGAAUAUACUGGCAACCAUUUAUAGCAGCAUCGUGACUUGGCGUUACAGAAAGCUGCUGCAGGAAGGUAAGCUGCCACUCUUAAUUCACAACAAGUUAGGAUUGAAUGACGCUUUGAAAGAAUAUGCCACAGAUAUCUAUGGGUCACUGAUGAACGAAGAAGACGCUGAAGUGAAUGAUGAUGAGUCGCAGGACGAUAUUUACGCCAAUGGCGGAGAGGAGCAUGUCCCGUGGAAGGAAUUCAUCGACAAGUAUUCAAGAGUUUGGUCAAAUACAGAACAGUUUCCCAAAUUGCCGCUUGACGAGAAUCGGAGAACAAUGCUAAAAAAUUUAGACACACUAGAUUGGAUAAGGGUUCCCAUCUAUAUCAAAUCUGCUAACGCUCAUGGCGGAAUCGUGGCCAGGAAGGGGCUCGAUGAUGACGUUCCGGACACGAGCGUCGCAUGUUUAGAAUUCACGGCCCAACUAGCACAGUAUCUCUUGGCUCAUUGCAAUUGA